AUGCCGCAAUGGCAAACACAGCACACCACCGCCCCCCUCCCCACCCCCUCCGAACUUUCCUCCUCUUUCUCGCUACGCGCCCCUCCCGCCACUGACCUGUGGGCCUCAUCCCCGGGCACCUGCAUCUUCACCGCCCCGUUCAUCUACCAGGCAAUGCCCUUGGCCUCCUUCCGACGGGCCCGUGUCACCAUCUCCGCGGAGCUAGCUGAACAACCCUACGCCCAGGCUGGCCUGGCUCUGCUGCUCCCGCAGUCCGACGGCCAACGCAGAUGGGUGAAAACCGGUUUCGAGGUUCUGGGGGGUAGGCGGGUCCUGGUGACGGUAGGGCGGGAUCGGUGGCCGGACUGUAGUCUUGUGCCUGCGGAUCCUGAACUGGGUAGGGUGACGAUGGAAUUGUUACGUCAGGGGGAUAAUCUAAUCGUUAGCCGCGUGAACCGGUCGGAAAAUUGGGUGGGUGAGAGGGAAGUUCUUCGUGAGUUGGGGUGGGUGUUUGUUCCGUCGAUUGGAGAUUUGAUUCAGGAGGAGUGCUGGGUUGGGGUCUUUGUUGCGAAUCCGUCUGGUGAGGCGGAUGCUUUUGAUGCGUGGUUUGAAGGGCUGAUUGUGGAGGGAAUGGAGAAUGGACUUUGA